CCGCCUGUCCUGUAACCCAUGGCAACCAAACAGCUUUAGCCGGGUGACAAAAGUACCGACAAACUCAAGAUAACUCAGCAAAGCACAGGUUUAAAUUAUGAAACAACUGUAAUGCAAGUCUUUUCAUCAAUCAUAUUCCACUGAAACGUGAACGCGAGGCGCAUUCAGAGCAAACCCGAGGCCAGCUCUCCCUGAAGGCAUUGUCCCACUGGUCCUUACAUCUGCCACUCAAGACCUUUUCAGCUGUUUGAUAGAGGACUUCACUUGGAGCUGCUGAAGAAAGGGGACGUCAUACAGGAUAUAAGGCUGAGAGCGGCAGUGUCCGAUAGUCCAGACCUCAAAGCUGAAGUGACUAGGCCCUGUUGUGGAUGAAAUGACUCCAGAUCUGAGACAGUGGAUCUCUCUUGGCAGUGAGCAGGAAAUCGCAGAAGAAUGUGGCGGGGAGUCGAGGGAAAAGCUGUUGUUCAAGUUCUCCAGAGUGCGCAGGAAAUUCGGAAUGCCGGUUUGCUUCAGCGACUGCAAUGCUGCAGAGGCCAAGGACGGCUUUGUGGAGUGCGCCUCCUAUCAGGACAGUCGAUUCAGCAUCCAGCGGCUGCAGAGGGACUGCGGCGUGCAGGCUGUACCCAGAAUCCUCAGCAGCGCUGCUCAGACAGAGUGGAAGGUUUUGAGAAACAGUGCUACACAGUAUACACCCAGAGAGGUCAGUGACCAAGAGAAGCAGGAGAUUCUCCAGUCUGAAAGCCUCAAAGACUUCUGCAAAAUGGUGACCCCAAGGGUUUUGCGAGCUCUCCAGCAAGAGCAGAUCAUGAAUGUGUUUGUGGACGACUGGAUGGCGUUGGGAACUGGAGCUCUGACUGUGGACAGCUUUGGGAAAGUGCAUCAGGAUUUGAUGAUCUAUCAAGUGUUCAGUGUCCACACGUUGAUCCCGGACAAGAAAAUCAGCUGCAUUAACUGGCACCCCACCAUUCAAGGCGUGAUAGCCGUGGCUCUGACAGACACCACAGAGGAGCAGUUCACGGAGUCCAAACCUUCUGUCAUACUUGUGUACAGCUUUGCCGACCCUUCCAAACCUCAGUUGCUGCUGGAGUGUCCAGAUGGUAUUCUUGCCUUUGAGUUCUGCCCAUCUGAUCCAAAUAUUAUCGUUGGCGGCUGUGUGAAUGGCCAGGUUGUAUUGUGGGACAUCUCCUCUCACGUCACGCACCUGCAGUGUCAACUGCCUGCUGGUCAAAAGGCAUCAAUCAAUGGUGACACAUCGGACCUUGAGGACCACAGCGAGAAGCGGACCCCGCUGGUGCACCACUGUGCUGUAUCUGCUUUAGAGAACAGCCACAAAGCUCCAGUCACAGACGUGCGCUGGCUGCCACAGACUUUCGAGGUGACCAGGACGGGGCUACCAGUGGAGAACAAGCUCCAGAUUUGUGUUCAGCUGGCCACCUGCUCCGCAGACUGUUCUUUACUCUUCUGGGAUGUUCGCACGUCUAAACCAGCGGCGCUUGAAAGGAAGCAGAAUUCCGUUCCCAGGCAGCAGAUGACUCUGAGCAGCGUUCCCGACACGUUUAAACAUUUGGACCGAACGUGGAAGCCCUUGUUUAAAGUUUCGUUGCCCAAGAUCAAGAAGGCUGGAGAAUACGCCCCUUUGAAGUUCAGCCUGGAUCAGUACACCUGCACAGAUAAGAGUGGGAGCAGCCCAGAAGCGUCGCUCGGACACAACUGCUUGGACGUCCCAGUCUACAGUCAGCUCCGGAUGCCGUCAGCCAAGACUCUCACUCCUCUGGAAGACGUCAACACCAAGAUGUUCAUCGGAACAGAGGAUGGAGAGAUCGUUUACACAGACUGGAAACUGGAGAAGGACGACGGCGGGCGCCUGCGAAGCAUGAAACCCCUGCUUUGCUGUAACGUCCAUCACUGUUCGGUGAACACAGUGCAGCGAUCGCCAUUUUUGAAGGAUGUUGUACUCACCGGAUCAAGCUGGAACUUUGCCAUUUGGCGGGAAGGAGUUGAGGACGGCCCCCUUUUCCUGUCUCCGACCUCUGAGCACCAGUGCACCUCCGCCUGCUGGUCUCCAUCCAGAGCUGCGGUCUUCUACGUGGGGAGAGCAGACGGUAAUAUCGAGGUGUGGAACCUGCUGGAGAAGUCCAGCGAGCCGGUCCAGGUCUACGCUCAUCACACCGACUCCAAGAUCACCAGCAUGCAACCCUGGACCGUCUCGGCGAAGCAACAGUUGUUGGCUGUUGCAGACGACCACGGAAUGGUUCGUGUUUUUGAAAUCCCAAGGAAGUACUGCGCUCCCACCAGGAACGAGAUCGCAGCAGUGAAGAAGUUCCUUCAACUCGAGGAAGAGAAGCUAAAGGACUUUUUAAAGCGCAGCGUCGUGUGGGGCGAAGAGAAGAAGGCAGUUGAAGACAACAAGAAGAAAACAUUUUUUGUUGCAGGAGCAAGGAGAUCGGACCAAAGAAGCUCACGUGGGUCCAGAGGAAAACAUGGCCUACAAAGAAUACCUGCUGCUGGAGGAGAAAAUCCUGAGGAGCCGUGGCCUGCUGCCGGCCACCGCCACCACACCAGAGUCAUAGUAAAAACCCUGCAUGGAUCAGCCAUAAGACUGCGACCACACAGAGGUACAGUGCAUCAAACUCUGUCUGUCUAUGGCAGCGUUUUCCAACCGUCAGGUGUGUCGUGGGGAAUGAUCCAGUUUGUCCCAAAAUCAUGAACAACUACAACCUGUUGAUGCUCUACCAACGUGAGGAGAUCACAUGGAUUCAGUCACAUCCUGUCUAUACACUAUAGAUCUAGGCUGAUGUGUCGACUCGCCAUCACUCUUCCCACACACUGGCAGUGUAGAAGCUGGUGAAAUGCCUAACUUCCUCUUGUUUUUAAACCUGAUGUGCCUCGAAAGUGACCACACACCUCCACGACAGAAUGAUGGAGUGUUCCAUGUCGGACCCGCGAUGCCAAAGACCGUCUGCACCUGAGAGCUAACAGCUAACAGCUAACAUGAUGUGUCACUUUAUUGACACUGGCUAGCAAGUCUUUUGACUGAGCUCAAUUGUGCUGAGGUUCCUUUGGUGGUGAGCCUGUGGAUUUGUUCAGUGGCUUAAGGAAGGUUGACAAACACUGGUCUCUGGCUACCUGGAGUGGUGGAUGUGAACAUGGACUCCCAGUUUUCUGCUGCCGGAGCUUUCAAAUGUUUUGUAAAUUGGUGGUGAGGUCACCCUCUCUUUGAGCCGCAUGAAUGAAAGCGGGUGAAACAUCUUACUGUCUUGAAUGAAGUCGAACUGGAGCUACCAGAA